AUGCCUCUCGGAGACAGAGGAGGUGAUAAAAGCGAAGCUCGAUUUUGCGGUGUAGAAACAGAGUUCAGCGAUGACAUGCCUGAAGUCAUUACUUUCAAUCUUUCCACGGGAAAAUUCGAUUUCGUUGUUGCUCCUCUGACAGAUCCUUCCUAUAGGCCAAGCUUGGUGCCAAAUAAUAGUUUUGGAUCUGCAGCCCCGCCAUUUGCUGGGUCAGACUUGGUCUUAAGCCCAUCCCAGUGGAGUAGUCAUGUAGUUGGUAAAAUUAGCUCAUGGAUUGAUUUGGACUCUGAAGAUGAGACUGUUAGAAUUGAUUCUGAAACCACUCUUAAACAAGAACUAGCCUGGGCUUCUCAUCUCUCAUUACAGGCUUGCCUGCUUCCUACCCCUAAAGGAUCCACUUGUGCUAAUUAUGCACGGUGUGUGAAUCAAAUCUUACAGGACCUGAGUAAUAUGCAGCUGUGGCUUAGGAUUCCCUUGGUUCUGCAUGCUGAUGAUGUUACGUCAACAGAUUCAAACUCAGCCACUUUGGUUGACUCCUGGGAGACAUGGAAUUCAUUUCGUCUGCUGUGCGAGCACCACAGUCAACUGUCAGUUGCACUUGAUAUUCUGAGUACGUUGCCUUCAGCAAAUUCAUUAGGAAGGUGGUUUGGGGAGUCUGUUAGAGCAGCUAUUCUAAAUACUGAUUCAUUUUUAACUAAUGGUCGUGGGUAUCCGUGCCUCUCCAAGCGCCAUCAGAUGUUGAUUACCCGGUUUUUUAACCAUAAUAUACAGAUAAUUAUAUCUGGAAAUUCUGGUCAUGCUAAAGCAAGUGUGGGUGUAGAUUCACGUUCUGGUGCAGAUUCACAAAGACAUCCUUUGCGUCCAUAUCUGGAAUAUGUUGGACAUCUUUACCAAAAGUUGGAUCCUCUUCCUGAGCAAGAACGUUUUGAGCUUGGAUACAGGGAUUAUUUACAGUCACCUUUACAACCUUUGAUGGAUAAUUUGGAGGCUCGAACUUAUGAGACUUUUGAGAAAGAUGCUAUGAAAUACAUUCAGUAUCAAAGAGCAGUAAGUAAAGCAAUGCUGGACAUGAUUCCAGAUAAUGAGGCAUCUGUUAAAACCCUUGUACUAAUGGUUGUUGGGGCAGGGCGUGGACCUCUUGUGCGGGCAUCAUUACAGGCUUCCGAAGAAACUGGGCGAAAGCUAAAAGUUUACGCUGUUGAGAAGAAUCCAAAUGCAGUUGUUACCCUUCACGCAUUAGUUAGAUUAGAGGGAUGGGAGGAUACCGUUACUAUAGUCUCAUGCGACAUGCGCUAUUGGAAUGCUCCUGAAAAAGCUGAUAUAUUGGUUAGUGAAUUGCUAGGUUCUUUUGGUGACAAUGAACUGUCUCCCGAGUGCCUUGAUGGAGCUCAGAGGUUUUUAAAGCCUGGAGGAAUUUCAAUACCGUCUUCGUACACAAGUUUCAUUCAACCAGUGACAGCUUCUAAGUUAUACAAUGAUGUUAAGGCACAUAAAGAUAUUUCACACUUCGAAACUGCUUAUGUUGUUAAAAUACACAAUGCAGCUCGACUUGCACCAUGUCAAUCUGUUUUUACAUUUACUCAUCCAAAACCUGCCGAUGAUAGAGAAAGCAAUCAACGCUAUAAGAAGUUGCAUUUUACAAUACCAAAUGACACUGGAUCCACAAUGGUACAUGGAUUUGCUGGCUACUUUGAUGCUACUCUUUACAAGGACGUGCAUCUUGGGAUUGAACCUUUAACUGCUACACCAAAUAUGUUCAGCUGGUUUUCAAUAUUUUUCCCUCUAAGGACUCCUAUUUGUGUGAAACCAGGUUCUAAACUUGAAGUAGAUUUCUGGCGCUGUUGUGGUCCUAAGAAGGUUUGGUAUGAGUGGUGUGUAACAUCUCCUUCGCCGUCUCCAAUUCACAACAGUAAUGGACGUUCAUACUGGGUUGGGCUUUAG